CGGUUAAAUUAACACAAUCCAUACAAUUAGCUCGCGGUUUCGCAAUAAAAUCAGUUUACAUUAUUAUAAACUAUCGUUAGUCACAAUAAUAUGGGCGAUUUCUUCAAGUCGCUGAACUUCAACUAUUUUAACACCACCACAUCGAGCUCAGACGAUGCAGGUGGCAGCGGAGGAGGAGGAGGUGCUAGCAGUGCCACAGUCAACAGUGGCAGCCUGGACAAUGAUUACGUUGGCCAAUUCGUGGAAAUAUCUGGCCAAAAGCUGCGCACGAAAUGUGUCAUAGCCGAAGGCGGGUAUGCCUUUGUUUAUGUCGCACAAGAUGUAAAAACUGGCGCUGAAUACGCCCUCAAGCGCUUGAUCGCCGCCGAUCAGUCGGCCUGUCGUGCCAUCAACAACGAGAUUAGCGUGCACAAGCAACUAUCCGGACAUGGCAACAUUGUCACAUGCAUCGGCUCCAACUGCAUCGCCCCAACGCCGCCACAGGGUGCCCAAUUCUUGCUGCUGACUGAACUGUGCAAGGGCGGCUCGUUGGUGGACUGCUUUAGAGUGGACAAUACAUCACUCGAUCCACCCGUCAUCCUGCGCAUCUUCUAUCAAAUGGCCCGUGCCGUUGCCCACAUGCACACACAAUCACCGCCGAUAGCACAUCGUGAUAUAAAGAUUGAAAAUUUUCUAAUUGGCAAUGAUAAGCAAAUUAAACUUUGCGACUUUGGCUCGGCCAGCAAGGAGUUGCUUGAGCCCACGUUUGAAUGGAGCGCACAUCAACGGAACAUGCUCGAGGAUCAGCUCAAUACAGUCACAACACCCAUGUAUCGAGCACCUGAAAUGCUGGAUACCUGGUCGAACUAUCCAAUCGGUCCAAAGGCCGAUAUUUGGGCAUUAGGCUGCAUAUUGUAUUUCCUGUGCUAUCAGAAGCAUCCCUAUGAAGAUGGUGGCAAGCUGCGGAUUAUCAAUGCCAACUAUAUGCUACCGCCAGAUUCUCGGUAUCAUUGCUUUCGUGAAAUUAUAAAAGGGUGCUUUAAAGUGAAUCCGGCUGAGCGUUUUGACAUCUCAAUGGUACUGGAGCGCUUGGCAGCCGUUGCCGAGACGAACAACUGGUCGCUAAAGGGACCGUUGGAUUUGCGCGGCCUGCCGAUAGAAACGUCGCCAGCUGAGAGCCCAGCGAGAAGCCUGCCCGAAACGAGCAAUUCAGAAUUCUAUUGCGACAAUCCAAAUCCGACGGCGACUCCCAUGCCGUCUGCGGCUAUGCCACAAACUACUGCAAGUGCUGCGACCAGCCAUGGCAAUGGUAGCCUCUUUUCUUCACUGCGGGGCGGGGCCGGCACCCUGUUCAAGAACCUGAAGGACACCUCGACCAAGGUGAUGCAAACGAUGCAGCAAUCAAUUGCACGCAACGAUCUGGACAUUAGUCACAUCACGUCACGCAUCCUGGUCAUGCCCUGUCCAUCCGAUGGCUUUGAGUCCACAUACAAAACAAACAACAUUGAGGAUGUGCGUUUGUCGUUGGAGAGUCGAUUCUCACCGCAAAAGAUAAGCAUUUAUAAUUUUGGUUCCCGAACUGUGCCGCGUCUGCCGCCGCCUGUGCGUACUGUUGAGGCUGGCUCCGUGUACGGUUGCCCGCAGGCGCAUGCGCCCAAUCUUCAGGGUCUCUUCACUGUGUCAGCGGACAUGUACAACUUCCUCAAUGCAGAUCCCAAAUCUGUUGUGAUUGUCCAAACCGGUGACUCUGGCGGCUGCACAGCUGCCACUGUCAUUUGUGCCCUACUCAUGUACGCCGGUCUGCUGCACGAACCCGAGGAUGCGGUGCAGGUGUUUGCUGUUAAGCGACACACCAUCAAUUUGCGGGCCUCUGAGUUUCGUUAUCUCUACUAUUUUGGCGACAUACUGCGUCCGAUUCCACUGCUGCCGCACUACAAGAACUUCAAUCUUGUUUCCCUCAGCUGUCAGCCGGUGCCACGCAUGACCAAAGCUCGCGAUGGAUGCCGCAUUUAUAUGGAGGUUUAUUGCAACGAGAAAAUGUUGCUUUCGACGUUGCAAGAUUACGAAAAAAUGCGGCUGCAUCUCGCUGGACCCGGAAAAAUUGUACUGCCCAUUAACUUAACGGUUUGCGGAGAUUUGACCAUUGUAUUGUACCAUGCGCGCAACGCCCUGAAGGGUAUGGUGCGUCCACAGGGGCUGAAGAUUUGCCAGUUUCAGAUCAAUACGGGCUUUGUACCCGAGCCAGAAACUCUGAUCACCUUCAAUGCUCUUGAUCUUGAUGAUUUGCCGGAUCCAGAGCAGGUGCCACAAAGCUUUUGUGUGUCGCUAUCGUUGAGCGUAACGGAAACAGAAACUCCGCCCAGCCACAAGCCACCAUGGCUUCCAGCCAAAUCCAAGCGCGCUGCCCAAAAUCUCUUUAGCUCCGAUUUGGAGUAUGUCGAGAUGCUGGAUAAUUUUGUAACUAAGCCUAGUUUGCGAUCCUCACCGACGCCACAAGUUAAGAAGCCCGAACGUUCGAACUCUCCGCUGGUGCUACCGGAUGUCACUGAAAUUGCUCAUGAUGCACCGGCAACCAUGCCGGAGCCCUCACCGCCCAUAGAUUUGCUCAAUUUGAAUCAGCAACCCAGUGCUGGCGCCGCAUCUGCUGCUUCUGAUCCGCUGGCCAGCGCCAUGCCCAGCUCGGAUGCCAGCUUCGAUCUGUUAGGCGCUUUUGGGGAUGAUGAUUCCACAGGCAUUGGAUCGGCACCCAUACCGGAUGUGCUGCCACCACCGCACGCGGGACCCCAGCCCAAAAUUAAUGCUGAUCUCUUUGACAUAUUUGGCUCUAUUGAUCAGAGCGGCGGUAUGGGCACCCCAAAUCUGAAACCAACAACUGGCGCAAACCGGCCGCCAUUUGUAAGCGCAGUACCCACCUUUGUGACCACGCCAGCUGCACCCACAAAGGAACCAUCACCCACGCAACCCCAAAAACCAUUAGAUCCGUUUGCUGACAUUGCCAACCUGGCAUCAGAUCUAAAUAUUAACUUUAACCGGAGCACACUUGGUGCCAAAUCGGCGGGCAGCACGCCCGUUGGCCACAGUCCACAGACAACGCAGUUUUCCAGUCCCACGCACAAGACGACACCAAGUCAACCACAGACUCAGCCUCAGGCACAGCCAAAACCUCAGCCGCAGGCACAGGCACAGCCCGCAUUUGCCAGGACGCCUCCGCAGCCGCAAUCACAAUCACAAGGGGCAUCCUCUCGACCUGACUACAGCCGCACCCACUUCGAUGCGCCGAAAACAUCGCAACAGUCGGGUGCUGGUGGCACGAAGAGUUCAGACAUUUUUGGUGAUAUUCUCGGACAGCAAGGCUACUCAUUUGGAAGCAAAAUGCAUCAUGGUCCGCGUUCCAUCAAUGAAAUGCGCAAGGAGGAGCUGGUCAAAGAUAUGGAUCCCAAGAAAGUGAUCAUAAUGGAAUGGACCGAUGGCAAGAAGAACAAUAUACGCGCCCUGCUCUGCUCCAUGCACACGGUGCUCUGGGAGAAUGCCAAGUGGAAACGCUGCGAAAUGUCAACCAUGGUCACUCCGGCUGAGGUUAAGAAGGCCUAUCGACGCGCCUGUCUAGCCGUGCAUCCGGAUAAGCAUAAUGGCACCGAGCACGAAGAAAUCGCCAAACUCAUAUUUAUGGAAUUAAAUAAUGCUUGGACGGAUUUCGAGAACGAUGCCACACAGCAAAACAUGUUCAAUGCUUAAAUUGUGUCCUAAAGCUAUGUGUAACCAUAUAUAGUACAUAUAUAUUAUAUAGUUUUAAAUUUC